UAAUUAAAAUAUAAAUUAUUUGAAUUAAAUAUUUUUUAUUAAAAAGUACAAGAAAUCAUUAAAAAAGACAACAUAUAUGUGGGUUCAACAAUGAGCAUUAGAAUAGUUUUCCCACAAAUGAUCAACUAAUGCAUUUCGUAAUGAAAAAUGAGCUUCUUUAUCUUUGAUAUUCCUAAAUCGAACAAGAAAAUUUUGAAAUCGGACAUUUUCAUCUUCUGCAAUUUCGAUACCCGGAGGUGGAGCUUCUCUUCCAAGUUCAAUGGGUGCAUCGAGUUCACGCUCAUCCAUACAAGAUCCAAAUGUUCGUGUUAAAGAUUGAAAGGACCAUUUUAAAGAUUAUUUAAGUAAGAAAUAAAAACAUUAAAGAUUGAAAGGACCAUUUUAUAAAUAAAAAAAGUUCAACUCCAAAAUGGAGUAAUGGGUAAGAUUACUCCAUAAAUGGAGUAACCCUAGCCAUUACUCCAUUUUGGAGUUGAAAAUGAAGUGGUGUUGGAGAAGAUUUUACUCCAUAAUAAUGUUUGGAGUUGAAAAUGGAGUAGGGUUGGAGAUGGCCUUAAUGCACAUACCCUCUUUUUUUCCUACAUACUUUUUAUCUAAUUAACUCCGGCCCUCACUGAAGAGUAUCUUUCCGUUCAAAGCAAUUUUAUGUUCGGAAUAAAUUGUACCACAAACACCAAUAAUAUCUAUCCUGCCUCAUCAUAUAUACAUAUGUAUAUAUAGUUAUUUAGUUGAACACACGAAAUGAUCGAACAUGUUGAUUGUAGCAUGUACACAACAAACCGAUUGAUUGAAGGACAGCCACACACGAGUGGGUAAAGCCGCCAAACCGUGACUUUGAUCAGUAUACCGGGAAUUUGACUGCCGGUCAUUUUAAUUAAUUUCUGCUAAGUACAUAUUAUCAGACUUAGCACUAGUAGAAAAUGAUUACAUAUAGCAGUUAUUGUUUUGUAAUUUUACUAUAAACUGAAAACACCAAAGAUAAGAACAUUUGAAUCGAAACAAAUGUAUAUACAUGUGCAAAUAAAUGAUCAUUUUGAUAAAUUUAGUUUUAAUAAGACAUCACAAGCAAGCAUAUUCAUCAUAAAAUAUGUAACGAGAUCGAAGAUUCAACAUAUACAAGGACUAACCAUUUUAAUAUAUUUUCAGGAAGUGGUUAACAGCAGUGUUUGGUCAGAUAUGCCUUCAAAUGCUAAAGAAGUAAGCAAAUAGAUUCCUCUCAUUUCCAUAAAAAGGAACACAACCUUGGGUUGAUCGAGCGAAAAUAUUAGAUUAAAGGCCAACAUGGCCUUAAAUAGAAAGAGAUAAAUAUAAGAAGAAACACAAUUUCUCUAUCAUAUGAUGAUCUAUUGUUCAAACUUUCAAGAUUCUUGGAUGAAAGAAUUUUGUGACUAAAUUCAAAACAAGUGUUUAUGUUUCUUCAAUACAAAUAGAACCCAAGCUUGUAGACAGUGAUAAUAACCCGAUAAGGAAAACCAUUCACGUAGUAAAAUGUAUAUCCAAAGUAUUAAACGCAGAAAUGAGGAGAAGAAGCCAAAAGGUAUGGAUCCCAACUGGAUGAGUAAAUUACAAAAAGAAGAAUCUAUAAAUAUUGUCCCUUAUCACUACCGUACGAAGUAAUUCUCUGCAGGAAAAUUCUUGGAAGCUGCAUUUGUCACAUAUCAUCUUCUAUUUUAGAUUAGUUUUAUAAUUUAUUUUAUAUAAUUAUUAUUCUAAUAAUUUAUUUUAUAUAAUCAUUAUUCUAAUAAUUUAUGAUUAAUGAUAGACAAAAUAAAAUAAAACAAAUUUUUGAAACAAAUAUUAAUAUAAUUUUAUUGAAAUCAUCUCUUAAUAGAACAUUUAUGAUAUAUUAAAUAUAAACGUACUAUUGCUCACAAAUUUAAAUAUUUUUGGCUGAAAAGUACCAAACUUAUAAUGUUUUAUGGAAUAAUAAACGAAAUAUAGAAUCCCACACUUAUAUAUAUAUCCUUUAUAUACUAAAGUACAAGUCGCUUGACAAAUUAGAAAUUGACAUGUGGAAAACAUUAAAAACACAAUAAAAAAAACAAUUGAAUUUAUCUUUACAUCUCCUACUUUCAUGCAACUAAAUCAACAACUCCCUAUAUUCCUGAUUUUUCUGAAAAGUGUUAAUCCACGUUAACUCAAAUUUUUAUAAACUGUUUUUUCAUCUUCUAUAUAACCUGCAAAUCAUCUCUACUUUCUUCUCUACGACAAACAAAAUUUUAUACCAUCUUGCCUCCAAUUUUUUUUUCUCUUUACUUUUCAUCUGUGGUUGAAUUGUCAAACUAAGGAGCUACAUCACCUUAUCAAAAAGAAUAAGUAAGUGUUUCGUUGUCCUGCAACAAUAAUAUAACGCUUACGUUAAUAUUUACUAUCCAUGUGCAACCAUAAGCACAAAUGCAUAAUCUCUGGCUUAUUAAUUUAUAGAUAUCAAUUUUCUGAAUGUUUUUUGUCAAUUAAGUUUUAAAAAAUUCAAUACAUAUUUGCUAUAGAUGGAGAGAAAAAAAUGUAAAAAAAGAUGAGAAAGACCUGCUACUCCACUCACCAUUUCAAGACUUGAUGAAGCGAUGCUCAAACUUGAGAUACCAUCAAAGGUGGCUAAAGGGGUAAAUCAUCGACAACACCAAAGCUUAAUAUUCUUUAUAUUAAUGUUAUCGUAAUACUAUAUAAUAAAAUUUUGAAAUUAUUAUCGUUGAGUAGAUAACAUCAAGUAGUUUGAUCAAUAUAUAGGUGAUUGUCGAAUAUUAUUGACCCCAUAUUAUAGAGUAUUAUUGACUCAAGGUUAUUGACCCCAUAUUACGAUAAUAUUAUUAGUUUGAUAAAUAUUAUUAUAAUUUUCUAGAUAUUUAAUCUACAAUAUAUGGUAUUAGUUUGAUCAAUAUUAUUAUAAUUUUCUAGAUAUUUGAUCUACAAUAUAUGGUUGUGCAAAUUAAAAUUAACACUCUUUUAUAUAUUUUAUCACUCAAGAAUACUGGAAAACAAUUUAUUUGGUGUUUAUAUAUUUUAACAAAAACUACAUAUUUAAAGAAACUAAUUAUUUACCCGUAUGUAGUACGGGGCCACAUACUAGUAUAUAUAUAUUUUAUGAAAUCUUGCUACUUGUAUUUAUAUAUGUUAUUGAAUUAAGUAAUAAUUUGUCAAUUGAAGGGAUUGUGGUAUCACAUAAUUAAAUAGGUUUUAUAUAUCGCAUAGGAAAACAUGACAAUAAAAAAAAAAAAAAGAGUAAUAAAUAAAUAAAACCUUAACUUUUCUGGUUUUCGAUAAUGACUCAAAUCCUUUAUGAACACGAUAAGGAUAUAAAAGAAAUCCAUAUUCUCUCAACAACGUAACCGACAAUAAACACUCACAACUUUAUAAAUAGUUAGCAUCAAAUUCAGCCAAAGCCUCACAAGCUCUUUGAUUCAAAACUAGGCUAUAGCUCAUCCAUGGCCUUCUCUGUGGAAAUCUCGUCUAUAUUCCCGUUCUCUCUAUCCGCAAAACCUAAGAAAGCUUCGCAAGAUACCCUAUUCCCAUGCUUUACCAAACCCUGCCUUAGUCCCCAAGUUUCGAAAACCCUAAGUUUCUCCGUUUCAUGCAGAAGAAGAAGCACACUUGCCCCUGUUUUCUCGUCGAUGAUAACACCACAAGUGGCAAAAGAAGACGACGAGCUUCAAGAAGAAUGUGGAGUAGUCGGAAUCCACGGUGACCCUGAAGCUUCCCGUCUCUCUUACUUGGCUCUUCACGCGCUGCAACACCGUGGCCAAGAAGGAGCAGGAAUCGUAGCCGUUAAUCACAAGGGUGAUCUCGAAUCAAUAACAGGCGUCGGAUUAGUGUCGGAAGUGUUCACUGAGUCGAAACUAAACACUCUUCCUGGCGAUAUAGCGAUAGGACAUGUCCGGUACUCAACCUCCGGAGCCUCGAUGCUCAAGAAUGUUCAGCCUUUCAUCGCUACCUGCAAACUCGGAUCCUUGGCAGUAGCGCACAAUGGUAAUUUCUUGAAUUACAAGCAACUCAAGAGAAAGCUUGAGGAGAACGGUUCCAUCUUCAUCACAAGUUCUGACACCGAGCUGGUGCUUCACCUGAUCGCCAAAUCUAAGGCCAAGACGUUCCUUCUGAGGAUCCUCGACGCUUGCGAGAAGCUUCGAGGUGCUUUCUCGAUGGUUUUCGUCUUUGAAGACAAGCUUGUCGCUGUCCGAGACCCGUUCGGGUUCAGACCACUUGUGAUGGGCAGAAGAAGCAACGGUGCAGUUGUUUUCGCCUCAGAGACUUGCGCUUUGGACCUUAUCGAUGCGAGGUACGAACGUGAAGUGUGUCCGGGGGAAAUAGUGGUCGUGGAUAGAGGAGAUGUAGGGGAAAGCUCUAUGUUCAUGGUCUCUCACCCCGAACCGAAGCAAUGUGUGUUCGAGCACGGUUACUUCUCACAGCCCAACUCAAUUGUCUUUGGACGUUCAGUGUAUGAAACACGCCGCAUGUACGGUGAGAUAUUAGCCACGGUGGCACCUGUAGAAUGUGAUGUCGUCAUCGCAGUGCCGGACUCGGGGACAGUUGCUGCUCUUGGAUACGCAGCCAAAGCUGGAGUUCCGUUUCAGAUCGGUCUCCUGAGGUCGCACUACGCUAAACGCACUUUCAUAGAGCCAACUCAGAAGAUCCGUGAUUUUGCAGUCAAGGCAAAGCUGUCUCCUGUCCGGUCAGUCCUUGAAGGGAAGAGGGUGGUUGUGGUGGACGACUCUAUUGUCCGAGGAACCACGAGUUUGAAGAUAGUUCGGAUGCUAAGAGACGCUGGAGCCAAACAAGUUCACAUGAGAAUUGCAUUGCCGCCGAUGAUUGCGUCCUGUUACUACGGAGUGGACACUCCUAGGAGCCAAGAGCUCAUCUCUAGUAAGAUGAGCGUUGAGAAGAUAAGGAAGCAUAUUAACUGCGAUACUCUGGCGUUUCUACCAUUAGAUAGCUUGAAACAAGUCUAUGGACCAGUCGAGUCACACAGCUAUUGCUACGCCUGCUUUACCGGCAAGUAUCCAGUGACUGAGGAGGAGGAGGAGGAGGAGAACAAUGCCGAGAGAGAACUCACCGCUCUCUGAAUUAUUUGUAAUCAGAACAACCUCUUUUAUAUGCUUUAGUUAUUUUUCUUUUUCUUUUUCUUUUAAACUGGGGGGUGUAUAGUAAGUAAGUAAUUAACUAUGAGAAUUGGUUUUAGAAAAAGGGAAUAAAUACAUUGUUUCACGAA